AUGGGGCAGUUCCUCUCCACCACUUCCAAGUUUUCCCGUCAGGACACUCCCCGCAAGGCUGAGGCAGAUAUCUUGGACUCGACUUCAGAGUUGACCCGUUCAGAUACUCUCUCGGACAAUCUCCCAGUUCUUACCAAGGCAAAAGGCCACUACUGGUACCCUUCUAACGGCCCGAAGAUCCUCGAUGCUUGUGGAGGCGCUGGGGUUGCCUGCCUUGGGCAUGGCCGCCGCGACAUCAUCAAGGCGGCAAUUGCGCAGAUGAAGGACUGCUCAUACGCCUCAUAUGCCCACUUCAAGACGAGUCCAGCCGAAGAACUCUCCGACUGGCUUAUUGAGAGCACGGGGGGAAAGAUGCAGAAAGUCUACAUAAUGUGCUCAGGCUCGGAGGCAAUGGAAGCCGCCCUCAAACUAGCAAUCGAGUAUUUCACCUGGAUGGGCCAGCCAUCCCGCGUCAACAUCAUAGCCCGUGACCAAUCCUAUCACGGCACCACCCUCGGCUCGCUCUCCGCAUCGGGUCACGUCGCCCGGCGUGAGCCGUUCCGCGGCAUUCUCUUGCCAUCACGGUUCCACCACAUCCCGGCCUGCAAUCCCUACCGGCAGCGGCUCUCCUUGGCCGAAUCGGACGCGUCCUUCGUGGCGCGCAAGGCGGCCGAGCUCGAGGCCGAGUUCCAGCGGUUGGGCCCGACGACGGUGGCGGCUGUGGUGCUCGAGCCUGUAGUCGGCGCCGCGCUUGGCUGCGUCCCCGCCGUACCGGGGUACCUCGCCGCGAUGCAGGCCGUGUGCGUGCGCCAUGGGGCGCUGCUGGUUCUGGACGAGGUUAUGUGCGGGAUGGGUCGCACAGGGACGCUGCAUGCUUGGCAGAGUGAAGAGUUGGAGGGAGGAGGAGGAGAACGUUUGGCAACGACGGUGGUGCCUGACUUGCAGACAGUGGCCAAGGGGUUCGCCGGCGGCUACCAGCCCGCUUCGGCGCUCCUGGUCGGGGAAAAGGUGGCUGGCGUGAUGCGCCGGGAGGGCAAAAUGUUUACGCACGGUCAUACGUACCAGAAUCACCCUGUUGUGGCUGCGACGGCGCUCAAAGUGCAGAGAGUUGUGGAGAAGGAGAGGCUGCUAGAAAACGUUAGAGUCCAGGGGCGGUUGUUGGAGAGGCUGUUGAGGGAGCGUCUUGAGGGGCAUCCCAAUGUCGGAGAUAUCAGGGGGAAGGGGCUGUUCUGGGGAAUUGAGUUCGUCAGAGAUAAGAAGACCAAGGAGCCGUUUGAACCGGGCCAGCAGAUUGCACAGCGGGUGCAGAGAAUAGCCAUGAGGGACUUCAAGGUGCUAAUCUAUCAUGGCCAGGGGUGCGCUGGAGGCGGGCGGGGGGACCAUGUCAUGAUCAUGCCAGCGUAUAAUAUCUCCAGCAAACUGAUUACGGAGAUAGUAGAGAGAGUGGCACGUGCUGUGGAGGAAGUCUUUCGAUAG